GGCCGUAGCGCAGGGCCGGAAGCGACGGCGCGCUGUCUGCGGGGUUCGAUCGCUGAAGCGCACUAAGCUCAGAGCUGUCCGUCCCGCUCCUUCUGACAGCACCCAGUGGGACCGGCUGUCGCCAUGUCAUCUGUGAGUCCUAUCCAGAUCCCCAGCCGCCUCCCGCUGCUGCUGACCCACGAAGGCGUGCUGCUGCCCGGCUCCACUAUCCGCACCAGCGUGGACACGGCCCGCAACCUGCAGCUGGUGCGGAGCCGGCUGCUCAAGGGCACGUCGCUGCAGAGCACCAUCCUGGGUGUCAUCCCCAACACACCCGACCCCACCAGCGACGCGCAGGACCUGCCUCCGCUGCACAGGAUUGGGACAGCUGCACUGGCGGUUCAGGUUGUGGGCAGUAACUGGCCCAAGCCCCACUAUACGUUGCUGAUUACAGGCCUGUGCCGGUUCCAGAUUGUCCAGGUCUUAAAAGAGAAGCCAUAUCCUGUUGCUGAAGUGGAACAGUUGGACCGGCUUGAGGAAUUUCCCAAUACCUGCAAAACCAGGGAGGAGCUGGGAGAACUCUCAGAACAGUUUUACAAAUAUGCAGUACAAUUGGUUGAAAUGUUGGAUAUGUCUGUCCCUGCAGUUGCUAAAUUGAGACGUCUUUUAGAUAGUCUUCCAAGGGAAGCUUUGCCAGACAUUCUCACUUCAAUUAUUCGAACAAGCAACAAAGAGAAACUUCAGAUUUUAGAUGCUGUUAGCCUAGAGGAGCGAUUCAAGAUGACCAUACCAUUGCUUGUCAGGCAAAUUGAAGGUCUGAAAUUGCUUCAGAAAACCAGAAAACCCAAGCAAGAUGAUGAUAAGCGGGUUAUAGCAAUACGCCCUAUUAGAAGACUCACACACAUCCCAGGUACUUUAGAAGAUGAGGAUGAGGAUGAAGAUAAUGAUGAUAUUGUCAUGUUAGAGAAAAAAAUACGAACAUCCAGUAUGCCAGAGCAGGCCCAUAAAGUCUGUGUCAAAGAGAUAAAAAGACUCAAAAAAAUGCCUCAGUCAAUGCCAGAAUAUGCUCUGACUAGAAAUUAUUUGGAACUUAUGGUAGAACUUCCUUGGAACAAAAGUACAACUGACCGCCUGGACAUUCGGGCAGCCCGAAUUCUUCUGGAUAAUGACCACUAUGCCAUGGAAAAAUUGAAGAAAAGAGUUCUGGAAUACUUGGCUGUCAGGCAGCUGAAAAACAACCUGAAGGGCCCUAUUCUGUGCUUUGUUGGCCCUCCUGGAGUUGGUAAAACAAGUGUGGGAAGAUCAGUGGCCAAGACUUUAGGUCGAGAGUUCCACAGGAUUGCGCUUGGAGGAGUAUGUGAUCAGUCUGACAUUCGAGGACACAGGCGAACCUAUGUUGGCAGUAUGCCUGGUCGUAUAAUCAAUGGCUUGAAGACUGUUGGAGUUAAUAAUCCCGUGUUCCUAUUAGAUGAGGUUGACAAACUGGGGAAAAGUCUGCAGGGUGACCCUGCAGCAGCUUUGCUUGAGGUAUUGGAUCCUGAACAAAACCAUAACUUCACAGAUCAUUAUCUAAAUGUGGCCUUUGACCUUUCCCAAGUUCUUUUUAUAGCUACUGCCAACACCACUGCUACUAUACCACCUGCUUUAUUGGAUAGAAUGGAGAUCAUUCAGGUUCCAGGGUAUACACAGGAGGAAAAGAUAGAGAUUGCCCACAGGCACUUAAUCCCAAAGCAACUGGAACAACAUGGGCUGACUCCUCAACAGAUUCAGAUCCCUCAGGUUACUACUCUUGCCAUCAUCACCAGGUACACCAGGGAAGCAGGAGUUCGUUCUCUGGAUAGAAAGUUUGGGGCCAUUUGCCGCGCUGUUGCCGUGAAGGUUGCAGAAGGACAACAUAAGGAAGCCAAGUUGGACCGUUCAGAUAUAACUGAGGGAGAAGGUUGCAGAGAACACAUCUUAGAAGAUACAAAACCAGAAUCUAUAAGUGACACUACUGACUUGGCCCUACCACCUGAAAUGCCAAUUUUGAUUGAUUUCCAUGCUCUGAAAGACAUCCUUGGGCCCCCGAUGUAUGAAAUGGAGGUAUCUGAGCGUUUGAAUCAACCAGGAGUGGCAAUAGGUUUGGCUUGGACUCCCUUAGGUGGGAAAAUCAUGUUUGUGGAGGCAAGUCGAAUGGAUGGUGAAGGUCAGUUAACACUGACUGGCCAACUAGGGGAUGUCAUGAAGGAGUCUGCCCAUCUUGCUAUUAGCUGGCUCCGCAGCAAUGCAAAGAAAUACCAUCUGACUAAUGCUUUUGGAAGUUUUGAUCUUCUUGACAACACAGACAUCCAUCUGCACUUCCCAGCUGGAGCUGUCACAAAAGAUGGACCAUCUGCUGGUGUUACCAUAGUAACCUGUCUCGCCUCACUUUUUAGUGGGCGGUUGGUACGUUCAGAUGUAGCCAUGACUGGAGAAAUUACACUAAGAGGUCUUGUUCUUCCAGUGGGUGGAAUUAAAGACAAAGUUCUGGCAGCACACAGAGCAGGAUUAAAGCAAAUCAUUAUUCCUCAGAGGAAUGAGAAGGACCUUGAAGAAAUCCCAAGCAAUGUACGACAGGACUUAAGUUUUGUCACAGCAAGCUGCCUGGAUGAAGUUCUUAAUGCAGCUUUUGAUGGUGGCUUUACUGUCAAGACCAGACCUGGUCUUGUAAAUAGCAAGUUAUAGGCCCAAAACUUAACUUGUUAGAAUUUAAUGUUUGAAGUACUGAAAGAGACUGACAAGUUCGAUUUUAUUCACAUCAGUAAGAGUAAUCACAAGAGUAAUGAACCUCAUUCAACUAGCGGCUAAUGUUUAUUAUGAAAACAUGAUCUGUUAAUAAACUGAUAAAAGUAAAAUCCUUGUCUUCAGUGGAAUCCUUAGUCCUCAGUGUAGUCCACAGAACCCCAGCAUCUGUAUUACUUGAGAACUUGUUAGAAAUAAAAAUUGUCAGAGCCA